GUGUCAGUAUCUCACAGUAUGCACAAAAUUUUGUGUUUCUUUGCGAAUUUGCAUUGCAAAGAAAACGAAACGAACACAAACGGUGAAGUGAAGCGUGCGUAUCCUCUCCCUCACAUGAUAUCUAUGUAAUAUACUCGUAUGUUGAAGCCAAUAUCAAACGUUUGCACGUGCAUAGUUGGUACAGGAAUACAGCCGCUGUAUCGCACCUGUCGGUACGGGCGCAAUCAAUAACUACAUAGCGGACUAUUGAUUUGUCUCGAAUGCCCAUUGGAGCCGACAGGGUGCAACAGUUGGCACCUUUGUUGGUAGUUUUAUCGAUUUUGGUGUAUGCUUUCAACUGCGCAAUUAAAUAGCUUUUGAAGUGCUGUGAAAAUGGGGGAUAUUGCUCAAGAAUACAUAAAGUACGCCCGAUAUUUAUCAACAAAUGGCUGCUACAGCAAGGCUUUCGAUAUGUACAUGCUGGCUUUCGACAAGAACAGGGACCUGAAGACUCUGUACGAGCCGGAGUUUCGCGCCAACGUGAUCAGGCUGAACGAGGUGCUGGCCACAGCCAACAAGAUGGAGGAGAUCUUUAGCAACUUCGCGCGCGCGAUUGAUGCCUUCCCAGACAACAUCAACUUGCUCAACGACAUUGGCAAGUAUCUUUACAAGUUCGCAUUCUACACUGAAGCUUGGUGCCACUUUCAGAAAGCACUUAGAUUCAAUCCUUUAUUUGUUAAUGCUGAGAAAAAUCUAAACUCUGUGAAGAAUUUCCUUAUGGAGCGAUGGCAUUUCCGCAUGCUCAAUGAUAAGAUUAGAAAUGAAGCUUAUCGUAAAGCAAUUAAAGCCAAAGCCGUUAAAUUUAAGGAUAAUGUCCUUGAUAUGGGUACUGGAACAGGCUUAUUAUCUUUGUAUGCAACUGAGUGCUCCCCUAAGUCAGUCAUAGCUUGUGAUGGAUCUGACGUGAUGACCAGCAUAGCAGAAUUUGUCACCAUGGAUAACAGGAAAAAUGAGAUUGUCAUCAUCAACAAGAUGUCUACAGACAUGACCACAGGUGACAUAGGGGGGAGGAGCACCCUUCUGGUUACUGAAAUGUUUGAUGCAGGUCUCUUUGGGGAACAUGUUUUGCAAUCUUUAGCCCACGCAUGGGACAACCUCAUGAUGAACAAUGCUCGAAUUGUACCCACCAAAGCAGAAUUCUUUGUAGCCCCGGCCAAAUGUGACCAUCUCAACCGCAAGUAUCAGCUGUGCCACUCCACCAAAGUCCUCUUAAACAUUCCUAAUGAGCAUGUCCACAUCACAACUCAUGAUGAGACUUACGAUUGUGAAGAUGUCCAUCUCUUCAAGGACAUAAAAUAUAUGGCUGACCCAAAGACACUACUUGUAGUUGAUUUCAAUGACCGAGAUGAUGUACUGGAGAUUUUAAACAGAAAAGACCCCUUCCGUGCAAAAUUUAAAAUUAAAGAGGAUGGAGAGAUCAACACUUUUAUUGGCUGGUUCCAUCUGUAUUUAACAGAUACCAUCACAAUCACUACCAAUCCCAAUGCUAAAAACAGGGCAAAUGCAUGGCAGCAAGCGGUAUUCUUUGACAACAUUCCCGUUCCUGUGAAGAAAAAUCAAGUUACAAUUUCAGAUUUCCUCAUGAAUGGGGGCAAACUGACUAUGUUGCAUAAUUCCAAGAAGGAAAUCACAAGAAUCUCACCAGAGACUCUAAGGUUCUUAAAUGAUACAGAAUAUAUAAAACUGAUCACAGGUAGUAUUGCCAUGAAUUGCGUGUACCUCGGACAGAUUGUUGAUAUAAGUCUGACAAGUAUUGUUGACCUCUGUCCUUUCCCAUUGUUUGGUCUUCUCAUGUUGAAGCGGGGAGCUCAAUCUCUCAUAUGCAGUGCCAAAACAGAGGCUGAUGUAUCUUUCAUUGAGUCAAUUUUCACAAUCAACAAAGUACCUCUGUCCAAAGUCACUAUUUUAACUGGCGAUGAAUGGGGGCCUGAGACGUUCAGAGGUGAAAAGUACCAUGCCAUAUUUACUAAUAUCUUUGACUUGUGGGGCGAUGUAGAUUUGCGUAAUAGACUUGUAGCCCAGCAGUUGAGACAAAAUAACUUGAUGCAAGGAGGCCUCUUCAUGCCGUCUGACAUCAAGAUUGUGGGGCAGCUUGUCCACAGCAAGUGGUUGGAGAUCAACAACAAAGUGCUUGACGAAAAUGUGCACAAUUACAGACUGUCUCCACACGUAAACAAGUAUCAGGUGACUCAAAACUUUUGUAUUGAUUUCACGCAUUUGGAAUUCACUUCUCUUUCUAAUCCAACAAUCUUGGGUUCUUUCAAUGAUGAUUCAGGGUCAAAAACAUUUAAGAUCCCGCUAAUUUCCGAUGGGACCGUGAAUGCUAUCCUGUGCUGGUACCAGCUGGAAAUUAUGGAGAAUUUGACGGAAAUAUCCACAAACAGAAGGAAUAGUUUCAUAGAUGGUAUUGUGUUCUUGGUCAACCCAAAGUUUCCUUUGAAAAAAGGUUUUAUGGCUAACAUCGUGCGCUGUGUGGACCAUGAAGGCGCGUUCAAGUUGCUGUUCGAAGAUACGUCUCAAGAUCAGAGCCCUAAUGUCUGAAUACAAUCAAAUAAACUUUUUGGACGCAGUCAUUUUAUAUAAGGAUCUCACUUUAGUUACUUCUGUUAUAUUUGACUUUUUGUUUGGAGAUGGGUGUGAAUGUUGAAUAUUUUUUAUUAUUUAUUACUGUUGAAAAAGAGUGAAUUUUACUUGUGCUUGCUAAAUGUUAUGGCAUUUUCUAAAUCCUUGAUGUCUGUUUAUGUAUUAAAAUUAUGAACUCUAUUUACUAAAGUCACAGGGUGUUGAAGAAGCCUAUUUAUUACUGACAUUUACUCUAGAUAUAAGUCCUGUUUUACAUAUAUGCUCAUUAUUUACCCGAGUAUUAUGAGAGCUACUCAUAUCAGUGUAUAAAAACUCAAUGGAAAUCUGAUUAUUCUGAAUAGAAAUAUAUUAAAACAAAUAAGAAAUUGUAUUGGCCAAAUGGAUGUUGUUGGUGUAAAUAUAGACAUUAUUUAGAAAUAAUUAUUACUAAGGUGCUGUUAAUUGAAAUGUUGAUUAUUUUAAUUACAUUAUUACCUCUGUCUCUAAAGUUGGCAAAGUAUGAAUUUAAAAAUUUGAAGCCAGCGUAAUAUGAAUCCUAUUGACGUUGUCAUAAGAGUUGCAUUUAUAGUUAUCAUACUAGCCAAUUUUAUUUAUAGAGCUAUAUAAUGAUAAUACUCUUGAAUAAUUAGGUAUAGAGUAAUUAAUUAACUAUGCUCAAACACUUUGUUUUAUAUUCUGUCCCAAAGUCAUAGAAAUGUAUGUGAUCAGAUUUUUGUUAAAGGAAUAUUUAAAAGGGUCAUGUUAAUUAAACUUGAAACGAGGAUAAGAAAGGGUUGUGUGGUAUUUUACUACCUAAAUAGGAUAUGAUAAGAGACAUUAAAUUCUGUUAAAAUUCGUGGUCGCUAUUUUUGGAGGCCUAAACCCACUAUUUAUAUUACUUUAUUUAUUAUCUAAACACAUCUCAUCUUAAUGAUCUACGAGAAUGUAUAAUUAUUUUGUACAUGACUAAUAUUAGUAUUUAUGGAUUUGACAAAAAUUUAAAAACAUAUUUUUGGAAUACAGCCAUAUUUGUUUCUAUAGAAAUUUGGCUCGGUGGGCUGUGAAGUAAAAGUUAGGACUUAGGAUCUGAUUUUCUACUAUUUUUUACAAAAUGAGUUUUCUGUACUUUCGUAAUUCAAUUACAUAUUAUAAAAUUUAUCACAGACCUGGGGGUGGUAAUCCGGUUUAUAAAAAUCUUAGCACCAAUUUUUAAGUGUUCGUAUUUUAAUGCGAAAAUGUUAUGCAUAUUGUUGUUCUACUAGGUACUCUAGGAGAUAAGAUUCACAAUGCAGAUUAAUACUAAACUGAUAAAAUAGACAAUCAUUUCAUUGUGCAGUCAGAUUUAGCACGAUAUGCAGGUAGCAGCUACCCAUUAUAAUAUUUUAUAAAUCUAUUUGAAUUGCGAUUUUAUCAUUUAUAACUCGGCUAGUAUAGUAUUAUACAUACAUGUAUGUUUUAAUUACUCUGCUUUCGCGAAAUAUAGUAUGAUUAUUAUUUUCUUGUUGGAAUCUUCCCUUGUUUACACGGUUGUAUGUUGGCCAUUUUUACUUAAAUUAAUUUUAAGCUAUGUGACCAUCCGCAUAUCGUGGUAACAAUAUUUUGUAGUCUCAGAUUGUAAUCCACGAUAAAUAUUAAUGUAUUAACUAUGGACGUUUCAAUGUUUAAAUGUGAACAGUAGUGAAUUUCGAUGUGAUAUUUUGAAAAUUACAAUAAAAAAGAAAGUUUUUUGAAACUCAA